CAUCAGCAGCGGUAGAAGCUGUAUCAGUCAGAGAGCAGCAGCUCAGAGAGGCGGCAGCUCCGGGCAGGGCUGCACAGGGCUCCCUUGUCAUUGUCACCUUCCCUGUCCCCAACGUCCCCCUCACUGGCACGGCAGCAAGGACAGCAUGGCCGGUGUCUCCCUUUACUAGUCUUCCUGACAGGACUCAGCCUCAUGCUGGACCCCACCUAACUGCCCCAGCACCUCCAAUGUUUGAAGGUGGUUAAUGGAGAGAAGAUCGAAUGACUGCAGGAACUGUGGUCAUCACCGGUGGAAUAUUAGCGACUGUGAUCCUUCUGUGUAUUAUAGCCGUUCUGUGCUACUGUAGGCUCCAGUAUUACUGCUGCAAAAAGGAAGAUUCGGAAGAAGAUGAGGAGGAACCAGAUUUUGCUGUGCAUUCUCGCUUCCCCCCGGUACAUUGCAACCGUAAUGUAGUGCUGGCCAAUGGGCCGUCCAUAUACUCCUCUCCGUACAACAAGAAACAUCAGCACUGCAGAAGUAUCUGCCAGGGCUGCCCUCACAAUGAGCCGCCGGCAUUCCUCCUACACCCACCCGAGGAAAUCCGGAAUGGUGGUGACCGCAUCACCUACAAAACAAUCAGUCAAGAGGAAAUCGAACUCCCGGUUAACUUGAGCAAUUUACAGGUGCUCAACCCAAAUCGUUUGUCGGCCAUGAGAGAUGCCUUUUCCCGCAGCCGCAGCAUAAGCACAGAUGUGUGAGACUAUUUAACCGACCUCUGGCAUUUUGCGUUUACGUGAGCUUGGUACUAGAGAGUAAUCCUUAUAAAAUCCUUUCUUCUCACUUUCUGGAAAAAAAAAUGGCCUACAAAAUGUUUUUUUUUUUCAAUAUUUGUGCAAAAAUAGAAAUAAAACUGUUUUGUGAAAUGAAGACCAAGAGAUAUACCCCCUCUGGGUUACAGUAUCAUGAAGUCAAGCUGAAAAAAUCCACAUGAAUUGCACAGUACCUGUUCUUCAAACCAAUGCUUGUCUAAAUCACUUUCUUAAUCCCAGUCUUCUUAGAAAUGAAUGGAAAUGUCUUUCAAACUAUGAAUGUAUUUAUACAUUAUGUACAUGAGAUAUACAUCUAUUCAAUAAAUCACUUUAGGAAAAAAACAAA